UCCGAAAUUUGAUAAUUUUUUAAUCGAUUUCCCGAAUAAUCGAUAUUCGGAGCUAAUUUCAUUCGGAGCAAUCAAUUAAUAGUCCUAUUCGGAGUAUUCGUCGUCGUAGUAACAUCCAAAUUUUUGUAACCAGGUAUUCGUAGUAAUUGUUGUCGGAGUAAAUGUAUUCGGAGGAUUUUUUUACAGUGUCGGAGUAAAUGAAUGUCGGGGCAUCAUCAGUUCGUGGCAAUCUCCGGAACCCGAGUUUUCCAAUAUCUGCGUAGAACGGAUAAUUUAUUGGCAACUUAAUGGUUGAUAAAACAGAAGUUCAUAAUCUGAUUACUCAACAAAAAAUAUCUAACAAAUCUAAUGAAACCAUAGCUUCAGCAGCAUUUUUAACAUGUGUAGCAACUGGUGCUGGUAUAUUUGCAUUUGCGUCUACUCUUGCAUCAGCUCGAAAAACUGAUCCAAACAUGUUUGCCAAAGGACAAACUCCAUCCUCAAAUAUAAGAGAAACUGGUGUACAGUUAGCUAUUAGAGCUCUUAAAUGGGGUUCUUUCUAUGCAAUUGGAGGUUGUGGAUUGUUUUUCUUUGGCAUUUGGAAAAUGAGUGGUGCCAAUGAUUUGCAUGAAUUUAGAAUGAAAAUAGGCUCUCUAUUACCGAGGCUUACACCAAAAGAACAUUCUUCUAAAACAGAAUUUGAUGGUCUUUCUGAUUUAAUGACAUAUUUGGCUACAGAUUAUUCUGGUAAAAAAAAACCUGAAGAUAAACAGGAAUCAACCAAUUAAAGAUUUAUUGUUAUAAUUGUAACAUUUAAUUUAUUUGUGAAUAAUAUAUUUUAAUAAUGUUAAAUUAUAAAUAAAACAAAAAUUUACAAAUUUAGCAAUUGA